GCCAGUCCCCCCUGACCUUCGGUUCACUUCAGAGCCGACUCAGGAAGUGAACCGAAGACCCGACUCAUGAACCGAUUCAUUUGAAAGAUCCGAACUUCCCAUCACUACUGUAGGUGCUACAGCAAAGUAAGCAAAGUGAAAGUGAAGGUAAUCUAAGAAAGGGAGGGAAGAAAAGAGCGCGAAAAGACACAAAGCUGCACGGUGGCGUCUGCCGACGAGUGCCUGGAGGGUGCAGGUAAAGCCUUUAUGAUCAUUCAUAGCUGUGUCAUGGUCGGCUGCGGGGGAGGUGUGCAAGAUACAAGGAAAGGAAAACUUCUCAAAAACUCGUAUCCCCCCGGCCCCCAUCAGGAGCUGCAGGACACAAAGGGGCCGAUCCAGCAGCUGCACGACAGUACGCUGUUAGGACAUGCUGAGGUGGUCGUUUGCCAAAUCUAAAGAGAAAUACUUUAAAGAAUCAGAUGUAUCAAACUUGAUCUGUAUUUGGCACCAUGUUACCUGUGGUGUUACAUAGGACUGCAGUGGUUCAGCCUGGAAGACUCUGUGAACUAUAAACCAUACACCGUCCUCGUGGCUUGCAGACUUCGGAGGUGACCCGCUGCCCAGUGAGUGAGUGAUUCUUCUGUGCCUCUUAUGUGCCCCAUCUCCGCCCCCUUGAAGGUUGUAUCGCAGGUCUUGGGAUUCCUUUGCUUCCAACAGGAGCUGGGAUACAGGAUCUUUAGACUGAACUAGUGGAUAUGCCGGAAACAAUCACAGAUAUCCUGAUCUAUGCGCUGGAGAACAUCAGCAAAGAGUCUCUAAAAAACUUCAAACGGAAACUGUCAUCGUUCAAUGUACAAUCUCCCUAUAAGAAAAUACCCUCAAGUACAUUGGACGAUCAAUCAGCAAAGGAGGUAGUUGACUCCAUUGUACGGUAUUAUACCACCAGUGAUGGAGCCGAUAUUACUGAGAAGGUUCUGUGGGAAAUCAAUGAGCGCCAAAUCAGUCAGGACCUAAAUAAGAAUAUAGCAUCUGCAAAAAGGGUUCAAGUGGAGAAGACACCAGGGAAGGGUUUAGCUGACAAGCUGAGAGACAGAACAAACAGAACGUCUUCUCGUACCCGUUUUAGACAACACCAGAGACAGAAAUAUGGACAGGAGAAUCUUCUGAAUUCUGAGGAGUCUUCUCAUUCUGAGACAGAACCAACACAACCUAGAAAUGUACGGAGGCUUCUAAACAUGAGCGGAGCAGAGAACAAGGGUCGAAGAUCCUCAACUCCCAGACAUCUGGGGAGACAAUGUCAACCUGAUAUACAACUGGUUGACUUGACGGAUACUGAUAUUGAACUUAUGGUUAAGAACCAUGAAAAGAAGGUGGAAACAUUUGCCCGUUAUGUGUUUCAACACUUGGUACCCUUUGACAUUUACCAAAGCUGGGUCAAAAACACAAAUUUUGAUGGCUGUAGAGGGAAAGUUGCCCUCCCGGGUAACUUGCGAGAUGCUAUAGUAAUGGAAGUUGGGAAAGAAUUUACUUUAAAUAAAGAAAAUAAAAGAAAAAUUAAAAACACAAUCAAUGAACUCUUGAGGAACCAAAGGCGUGGUGGAUGGCCCAUACUGAUAUGAUCGGCUGAAUCUACACAGACCCAGUAUAGAGAGUAAUGAAAACAAUGGGGGGGGGGUUCAUGAAAACUGCCUAUAGACAAAUCUGUCAUAGCGCCCACAGCACAGCUUUGUCUGGUUUACUGUUACUCCAUGUUCUCGAAGCUGUGGAAAGGUUGGCCAUGGUUUUGGAUAGAAUUGUACUGGUUAAAAAGUCAUGCAAAAUAAUGGCAAGGAAACAUAUGAGAAUGGAGUGCACGGUCAGGCUGUAAAUGUACUUGUCCGGUACAUCCAGGCCGGUUUCAUGUGAAUUUGUCAUGGAUUUUGCUGUGGAUUUCUGGCAAAUUUCAACCCAUGCAUUUUGUAAAUCCACAACAUAAAUGGACAUGCUGUAAAAUCGGCACGGUACGCUCUGCGCAUUUCAGUGGCUGCGCCCAGUAUUGCUGCUCUCAGCAGUUUAUUCCCUUUUACGUGAAGAUGACGGAGCUUCUGUACCACACACAGUCACUACAAAUGUACACAAAGGUAGUCUUACUGCCCUCUGUAAAACUAAGCUACAUGUAUAGAUUUCUCCUUUGGACCCCACCCCCAUAUUGGAAUCUAUGCCUCCCCCGUCCCAUUAUUUUAUAGCUUAAUUAAGCGUUCAUUUUUUUAUAAUUCUGUCUGAUCUUUGUUAGUUUUGUACUUUUCUGUCUUCUGUCAUAGUCAGCGGUGUUGGAGAAUCUCGUCUCUAUCUCUGGUGACCUAAACUACGAUAUAAAUGUGCAUUAGCAAGUGGACAAGGCUCUUUAUGUAAUAAAGCUGCGGUGACCCCCACUUUACCCAUAUUCUUGCUCCUGUGUCUUUUAUUGAGCUAUAGUUUCUGGGACUUGUGUAUCGGGUGAUCUUGGCAGAUAUAUAGGAAGCAAAAAAGAUUUCUUACACAUCUGGAUGUCUUUGUGCUCAUAUUUGUGGACUUAUAAGUUCAUAUAGUUGAGUAGUGAAGGAGUAGAGAACAGCUGAGGAACCUUGACGGAAACAUGCCGUGUCUGUAGUUUUAGUCUCAUUAAUUAGAUAUAAGUAUAUGGAUGAUAAAUAAUGUCUUAGUUUUUUUUUGUGAUUUUGUAGCAAAACAUUUAUUUAUAUUUUUUGCAAUCUUCCCUGGGGGCGGCCAUA